AUGCCUAUGACUGAUGAUGUUAUGGAUAUUGUCAAUAAUGAGGAUGAUGGGGUCAAAGACAAUGAUGAUGAUAAUAGUUGUGGCAGUGGCGAUGGUGAUAGCAGUGAUCCUACCGAUUCAACUACAGAUAAAAUUCCGGAUGACUUAUAUGAAUGCAGAGAAUGCAAAAAACAAUUCAAAUAUAAAUCUUGGUGGUUGAACCAUAACACUACACACUCCGUGACUGGAGCACACCAAUGCAGAUAUUGCCCCAAAUUAUUUAAGCACAGAGACAACUUAGAAAGGCAUUUCCUCACACAUUUUGGUGGUAUCGGGCACGAUUGUACAGUAUGUGGACGGUCAUUUUUAUUGAAACACAACCUAAAGAUGCACAUAGAAAUGCAACACAACUUAUUGGUGCCACACAAAUGUAGUAAAUGCAAAAUGAACCAUUAG